AUGUGUGUGCUGGAUGAUCCUCCCAGCUGUCCAGACCAAUCUACCCUGAGCGGCUCAAAAGGCAUUUCUACAACCCCCCCUCAGUGCCCACCAGGUACUAGCAUGAAUAGAAAGAACUAUGUAUCGAGCAAGACUCCAGUGUGUCCCGAUGGCACCAGGUUCAAUGGCAAGGCUUGUGUAUCAACAGCCGAGAAGCCCUUUUGCGCUGAUACCGCCUCGGUUUUCUCCAACAACACCUGCGUCAUCUCCAAGGCUCCCCAGUGCCCAGAGCUUUCGACUCUCAACAAGGGCGAGUGUGUUUCAUCUACUCUCCUCGUUUGUCAAGAUGGAACGGUUGUCAGCGGAGAGAACUGUCUUACCAAUACCCAGCCCCAGUGCCCGGAUGGCUUCACUCUCAAGGAUCGGGGUUGCGUUUCCUCUAUUGCAUCAUCAUGCCCCAGAAAUAGCACCUUGGUCAAAGAUUCUUGUGUCUCCAAGGAGCGACCGUCUUGUCCCCCGGGCGCCGCCUUCGAUGGCCUUGCUUGCGUUUCCCUUAUCCCCCCUAGUCGUCACGGCGAUCUCCUCUUUGACGGCAAAAAGUGCGUGUCCACCAUAUCACCUCAGUGCCCCAGCAACUCUACGUAUGAUUGCAAAACCUGUGUUUUCUCAGAGCCUCCGGCAUGUCCGCUCGGCACCAUACAAGACGGCCACAAGUGUUUGGGCACUGCUCCCCCCAAGUGUCCAGAGGGAACAACUUUCAACGCAGGCGUCUGUGUGUCCAUCACUCCUCCUCAGUGUGACGAGGGAAUGGCAUUCGACGGCAAAGCCUGUGUGUCGACGGCUGUGCCAAAAUGUCCAGACCGCUCCAGGCCCAAGGGGCUUAAUUGUGUUGGAACAGAAGGGCCGAAGUGUCCUCCUGGCACUCGUAUCGAGGGAUGCCGCUGUGUCCGAGACGUUGUACCGGAAUGUUUCGAUAUACAAUUCUGCCCGCCUGCCGAGAGGCUUGCGCUACCAUUAUCAUAA